AUGGUUGCUAUUGGGAAACUCUCUAUGGACCAGCAGCAUCCCACUGUAGACACAUUUGCAAGUGUUGUGACCUGGAACAGGCACUUGGAGCGUAUCUCGCUUAAGAAACACAAGCGCUCGCUUUCUGAAACAUUUUCGCGCAGAUUUAAAAAACUUACCCAGGAAAGCUCUUCUAAAACUAUUCAAGAUGAGGAUGAUGCAGAUGAUGCAGAUAACGACGACAAUGAUGAGGACGAUGAAGAAGAAGAAGAUGAUGAUAAUGAUGAUGAUGAUGAUGAUGGAGUUGAAGAUGCUUAUCAAUACUUUCACAAUAGUAAUACCCACGUUGAAACUGAUAAUGAAAAUGCCCAUAAUCACCAACUAGUCCUGGACUUGUACAAUAACGAAAUUAACAUGCAUUAUACCAAUCCACAGUUUUACAAUACCCAGCAGUCACAGCCACAGCAGCAGCAGCAACAACAACAACAACAACCUUUAUUUCCCAUUCUUUCCAAGCCUGAUACAGAUCCUGUUUGCUCGAGUACAUUUUGGUCACGCGAAGAAAAAAACAUGCCCAUGAAUGAAAAGGUUCAAAAAUGGCUGCGUAACGUGUACCUCCCAGGAACUCUGGUCGAACGCAUGGAUCCUAUUUCAAGAACUGUCCGAAGACGUGUGGUCAACCCGUAUCCUGGAACCAGCGAUGAAACUGCGUCAGAAUCAAGUAGCGAUGAAGCUCGUGAGCAACGUAAGUCACGUCUUAUUACAAGGCAGACUAUUCGUACGUACCGUAAUGAACGGCCGCGACAACAAUUAUUAAAUCAACAGCUGCAACAACAACAACAACAACAACAAGGAGCUAGUGGAGGAACAUUAGACGCAUCUGGUGUCAUGUGGAGUGGAUCUGGAGGUGGAUCAGCUAGCGGCAACGGCAGCGGGUUUGGUGCUCGAGCUAAGCGACAUAUCAGGACAAAAGCAUAUGCGCUGGCGUGUAAAGUCAUCAAGCCCCCGGAGUUGCAAACAGGAUCUUCUUCUUCUGCGGUUCCACCAGAGACAAGCUUUGCUCCUGAUGCUACGCGCUACAAUAACAAUAUAAUUGGCUCAUCUAACCACUGGCCAGGUAUGUCGACACUUAAUUAUGCGUUGGGGGUAGAUGGGGGAGAUGUUGGGGAUUCCAGUUUUUUAAAUACCAGCUACAUUGCACCUGCACCAACAAUAGUGAUGAAUAGUUGUGAAAAUAACAAAAUCAAUGAGGACAUGAAUAAUGCUAGUGAUGGAAUUAUGAUGCCCUUGGCUGCGCAACCGCCGGGGAAUCUCCCAACAGCCAAAAGCGGAGGAGGAUCAUCAGCAUAUUGUUUGCCCAAACUCAAAGCCUCAUCAACGUUUUACUCAUCGGAGCUUGGGACCCAUGCGCGGCGUCAAUUUGAAGCGGCCCCGUAA